CGGAAGCAAAUCGGUCGCUGUUUGUAAGUGAUUCAAUUACAGCAAAUUGUGUGUUACAAAAUAAAUUAAACAUACGUUUUAACCCAUAUUUAGGCGAGAUAGUAACCUUGUGCAACAAGCGUUAUACAGUAUCAUAGAUCAGUCACAUAAUAUAGUUUCUGGAUACUUUUCGUACAGUGAAGAGCGCAUGCCUCCACCGCCACAAGGUGUUUCUGUCCAGGUGGAGCUUCUGAAAAUUAGCCAUCUUCACUGUUGCAAUCAGAACUGAGGUGAGCUGCGGAAGUCCUUAUGUCGUCAUAAUUUACCUGCUUAUUCUGUCAAUAGUUGUAGUAGGUACCAUGUCAGACUUCACCAUUGAUAUCCAGCUGACAGAACUAGGGUUCCCUGACAUCUUGCAGCCCAGAGAAAUGACCUGUGUGAAGGAAACACCAUCGCCUUUGGCCUCUAACAAUAUUUCCCCUGGAUCCCUGGCUAACCUCCAAACCCCCAGUUCCUCACCGCCUCCUCCUGCUGCACUCACCCCCACAGCUGUGGUCCCAGAACUGGUCGGUGUAGAACAGCUGGUUUCUGUAGCCUCAAGGACUGCUUCUACAGUACAGCAGGUUGCCUCACAGACGGGCCCUCGCAUUACAGUAACCCCAAGCCCCUCUGGGCCCCCUGAGACACUGACAAUACUCUGCCCACCCCCUCCUUCUACACACAAACCGGUGGUAGUGGCACACACUUCACGGCCUGUUAGUCCCAUAUUGCUACCCAAGAGUUUAGUAAGUGGUCAAAGCAAUAGCCUUCACCAAAUCCCCAAAAUAACUAAAACCGUCAUGAUAUCUGUGUCUCGUGUUGGAGCUGGUACUGUGUUGACCACUGUACCAGCUCCUUCCACUCCCCCUGUUGAACACUUAAGAACCAUUAAGAAGGAUUCCGAGCUGCCACUGGCAGACCAGACUGCAAUGUUUCAGACCACUCCAAAACUUGUAAACACAGGGAAGCCAGGAAGGGCGGUCGCUGAGGAAGAAGAACCAGGAGAAAAUAUUGGAGAGGGAAUAGGAGGGAGAAAUGGAGGGAAAGGUGUUUUCGAUGAUGGGAAAGUGCAAGGACUGAAAGAGAAAGAAGCAGAAGUUGCAAAGAGUUUAGAGGACGAUUCUGAGGAAACAGAUGACAGUGAGGUUUCUGAGAAUGAGGAUGAUGAUGAAGAUGAGGAGGAGGAGGACGAACUGGACCCAGAAGCAGAGCCUGGAGGUUCAGGCGAACACCGCUGUAGCGUCUGUGACCUCGUCCUUUCCUCCAGCUUCCAGCUCCAGGAGCACAUGAACCUGCACACAGGGGCACGCCCCUACUGCUGUGCCGAGUGUGGUAAGCGCUUCUGUCAGCUGGCCAACUACCGCUCCCACCUGCGUACGCACGCCCAGCCCCAGACCUCAGUCCCCCCCGUACAGCUCCGCUGCCGUGUCUGCCUGAAGGGCUUCGAUUCUGAGCAGGGUUUGAAGGACCACCUAGCCAAGUCCCACUUUGAGAAGGAGUUCUAUGAGUGUGACGCAUGCAAGCGCAUCUUCACCUGCCUGACCAAGUGUGAGGAGCACCUGGAGGAGCACAAGCGCGAGCUGGCGGACCACGUGUGUCUGCAGUGCUGCCGCCGCUUCCGCCUGCGCCGCUCUCUCCGCCGCCACAAGGAGCGGGGCUGUGUCCGCAGCUAUCGCUGCACCGACUGCCCCAUGAACUUCAGCCGCAAGAAUGCCCUCCUCAAGCACAGCUUCUCCCACCUGGGCCUGCUGCCUUACACCUGCAUCCAGUGCCAUGCACAUUUCCGCCUGGCCAGGCUCUACCGUAAGCACGAGUGUGAGCCGGAGCGGCUCCACUGUGUGGCAUGCCUGGGGGUCUUUCAGAGCCACAACGACUUCCAGAGGCACAAGAGGGAGACGGGCUGCUGGGGCCAGCAGGGGACCAAGGGGGAUGAGAUCCGCUGUAUGGAGUGUGGCCAGGCCUUCUCCACGGCUGACGAGCUGAAGAAUCACGCCGGGGCGCACCAGAGGGUGAUGACCUGCUCCGAGUGCGGCAAGGGCUUCCGCUCGGCCUUGAUGCUGAUGUCACACAUGGGGGGGCACGCAGGGUCGAGGCCCUGUCUGUGUAAGAACUGUGGCCUGGGCUUCCCUCACCAGCAGGGUUACGAGAGCCACCUCAAGGACUGUGGACGCAAACCCCCUCCUGUGAUGGCUCCAAAGAAACCCCGGAAGGACGCACCUGCUGCUCCUUCCAAACCGCUAUCCCAGCUCGCUCCAAGUUAUCUCCCUGUUUCUGCUCCUGUGAAGAAACUAGAGAGACAAGCGUCAGCACCACUUUCUACCCCAGUGAGAAUGCCAGGCUCUGCCCCUGCCAGAGUCACUAUGGGAGUCUCUGCUUCUACCCCAGUGAGAAUGUCAGGCUCUGCCCCUGCCAGAGUCACUAUGGGAGUCUCUGCUUCUACCCCAGUGAGAAUGCCAGGCUCUGCCCCUGUCGGAGUCACAAUGGGAGUCUCUGCUUCUACCCCAGUGAGAAUGCCAGGCUCUGCCCCUGUCGGAGUCACUAUGGGAAUCCCUAACACCACUGCUGUCCGUGUGGUGAGCCCUGACCAACCCACCAAGGGUCUGUGGAAGCUCAGCCUGGACAAACAGCCUCCUCCUGGGGUGUCCUUGGUCAUGUUUGUCCCUGCCAACACCCCUCUGGCCUCUGGCCUCUCUGGCCCAUCCUCCACCUCCCAGCUUCCAGCCCUCUCAGGCACCCAGUCCCAGUGGAAGGUCCUCAACCCAGCACCAAAUCCAGGAGCCCCUCCGGUGCUGUGCCAGUCCAGCUUCACCUCUGAGCCGGGCCUGAGCCUCAUUGCAGAAGCAAACCGGCGCUACUCCUCUGAUGCCCCGCUGGAUCUGGCCUUAAAGACAACUUACUACGAACAGGAGCCUGCUAAUUUACUACCUCUUGAUCUGUCUAACAAGUCGACUUGCUCCACUCCUCCUGCUAACCUUGUAGUCAAGACUGAACCGAGAGACCCUGGGUUUGCAGAGGAGACUGAGGAAGAAGUAUUCACAAGUUUAACAGGUGAUAAAAAGGGGAUAGUCUUUCAGAGUAAGAGGGAGCCAGGGGAGGAUUCUAAAAUGGAGGCUAUGGCUCAGAAGGGGGGAAAUAGAGAAGGGAGUGGAGAUGAAGACAGGCAAAAUGACAACAGAGAUGAUGGAACAGCUCAGUCUCAAAUGAAGAAGGCACCAAAGCCGGGAGUCCCAUCAACACUGCGGCUCCUGACCGUCAAACAGACAGAACCUUUGAAGAACACUGCCAAAGUGGAUCUAGUGAAUCAGCUGAAAAUUGAGUCAGUCAGCUCUUUGCACUCCAAAAUGCUUCGGGGCUUAGUCCAUAUAAAGCAGGAACCACUGUCUCUAGAGCCUGACAGUGGAACACAGAGCUCAGACUUCUGUUCGUACAGCCCGCUGACAGCAUUGAAGAGGAAGAUGGAGCCAGACGUGGGGCUGGACUUGAGAUGGGAUGGGGGCACCCCAGGCUGUGUGCUCGACUUGAGGUUGAAUGGAGGGAACCCAGCCAGGUGUGAUGUGGCGGAGAAAGCAGAGGAGAGGAACAUGGAAGGAGACCGUGUAGAGGAGGAGCUUGAUGGUGGCGAGAAGGAUGGCGCAACAGAGGAGAGGAACAUGGAAGGAGACCGUGUAGAGGAGGAGCUUGAUGGUGGCAAGAAGGAUGGCGCAACAGAGGAGAGGAUCAUGGAAGGAGACCGUGUAGAGGAGGAGCUUGAUGGUGGCGAUAAGGAUGGCGCAACAGAGGAGAGGAACAUGGAAGGAGACCGUGUAGAGGAGGAGCUUGAGGGUGGCGAGAAGGAUUGCGCAACAGAGGAGAGGAAAGCAGAUAUGGAUGGAUCGGAGGAGAGGAAAGGGGAGGAGGAUGGAACGGAGGAGACUGACGCCCCUGUUGAUGAACCCACAGCCCAUAACCCAGAGACACAGCUCCCCUCCUCUCUCAUCCCCUCUCCUCCCUCCUCACCACCAUGUAAAAGACGAAGGUCACUAAGGACAAGGGAAAAGCCUAGAGCCCUACGUGACUGUUUAUUAUAAGGGGAGUACUUUAGACAGAGUGAAAAAUGGGAUUGCUGACAACAAUGUUAAUUAGGCUGCCUUUUAAUGGCCCAAGAAACAGAGGAAAACAUAACCAAGCUUACUUUAAAACAAUUCAUACUAGGCUUGUUAUUAAAUUCUAAUAGCAACACAUUUUGUGGAUUAGUGGUGAUUUUGAUAAACCAUGCCUCUACAUGAAUUUGCCCUCUGGAUUUGGUUGCUUUCCUGUAUUCCAAUAAUUUUUUCUUAGCUAUUGAAGACUUACUAUGUCUAUGUUAAAUGUACCUGCUAGUGUUUAGUGAGCUAGCUAACAAUCCUGGUUGUUAGCUGCUUACUGUGUGGCAAGCGAUUGAGAUUAGGGUAAACAGUGGCUAUUGUUUUCUAUAUUACAGUAGUUGCGUAUGUUGGCAAUAGAGUCAUGCACCUUUCCAAACACUCCAUAUCUAUUUGACUAUACCAACAUAAUGUAUUUGUUUUUUUUGUUAUAGGUUGUCUAGUUAGUCUUCACUUGAAUGUCAUUGUAAUUUUUGUCGUUUCUAUUCUAUAUAAGCUGCUGUAUGGGACUUCAGUCGCCAAGGUUUCUUAUUCAGGUACUGAUGGGGAGUGUUUGGGAGCCAGGAUUUAAUGUACUGUCAACUUUCUGAGAAAUGUUUCUCAACAGCUCGGUUUUUCUGUUUGAUUUGAGUUCCAUAAUGGGUAUAAUAUGCAAGAAAAUGUAUGUGCUGUCCAAUUGUAAUGUUAAAUUGACAUGUAUAUCUUUUUCUAUCACGUUGGAAUGUCUUGCCCCAAAUUCAACUGAAUGGUUGCAGUGUUUUGUAGAGUUUAAAAUAUUCUGUUCUGAAAUUGGGAUCUUAAAGGAUACAAAUAAAGAUCAACAUGUCGGAAUGGUAUGGAGGGGUUUUCUUGGA